AUGCGCAUUGAAGUUUAAUGAUAAACAGCUGCGUGCACCGGAAGUAAUAUCUUAAGCUUCCGGAAAUUGCCCUGGGAAUAAAAUGGAGGAAAACAACACUGCUUUCAGAAGGUCCAACAGUCGGCUGUCUAUGCUGGACAAGUCUCUUGAGAGACGGAGAGUCAACAAAGAACACAACAGUAACUUUAGAGCAGGCUAUGUGGCUGUCCAUGAAGACCACCUUCAUAAGACUGGCCUACGAGGGCGCAAACGCUUUCUUGCCUACUUCCUGCUGUUCCUGAUUUAUGCUGUUGCAAUAGCAAAUCUAGUGUUGACAGUCUUGAUAGUGUUGGCUCUGCGUAUUGACCAGAAUGGUUCUGAUGUGAUGGAGUUCCGAGGAGAAGGCGGAGUGAAGUACAAGACUGACGUGAUGGCCGAGAGGGUUCUAUCAGAUAUAGGAGAGUUUGGUGGAUAUAAGGGACAGGAUCUUGAGGUUCAUGGUGACGGCCAACCGGUGAUAUUGCAACAUAUGAUUGGACAUGGUUCUUCUGUGGAAUUCAGUGGCGCCAACACAACAUUGAGAUCACAGGAAGGACUUCACAUCAUAGACCCCCUCACUGGCAACACAAUUCUACACACAGCCAAUGAUAGUGGUAUACCAUCACUGACUGGGAUGAAACAACUCAAAACAACACAGGUUAUUACAACUAAGGUGACCCCUAGCAUUGUUGAUGACCUGAGGGUGAUGAGUGACCAGGUGUUGACCAUACAGGGUAAUGAAGGACUGACCAUCGGUGCAAAAGAUAUUGACAUGUCUGGAUCUAAUAUCAUCUUAAAUGCUCUUGAUACGCUAUCCCUUGAGGGAGGUCCAGACGGAGGGAUCUACAUCAACACCACCCUCUUACCAAGGAAGAGCACCGCUAGUACGGGUGGUGUAGGCAUGGGACUUACCCUCUGUGUGUGUGGUGGUACCGGUAGAAUCUUCCAGGUGACAGCUCCACCAGGCGUGUCUCAUCCAUGUGAAAAACUCAUAACUAAUCCAUGUUUGUAGUAUUUAGUUGCUAAUCUAUAGCUAUUGUUUAGAUGGCUACUUGUUAAAGAGAUAUGGUAGCCCUUUUCUUGCCAUGCUUUAUAGCAUUGACUUAUUUGAUUGUUUUAGUUAAUGACACACAGUU